AUGAGUUUUUCUGAGGUCGAGAGUGUCAUCAGUGAGACUGAGAGCAAAAUGGGAGUGCCGAAAUAUCAUUUUGACAGAGAAAUGGUGGUAGCACAGAAACUUGCUGGGAAAAAAGAUUGGAAACAUUUCAAGGAAAUCUUUGAUAGAAACAAGGGAAAGCUGCUCGACCCUUUCGAUUUGUUUGGGAACACUGCUCUUCACGCCGUAGCACGCUCAGGAACUCGACAACUCCUACAUGAGUUACUGAACAAGCUAAAUGAAAAUGAGAAGAAAAAUGCAUUGGAGAAACCAAAUAGAGAAGGAAACACCCUCCUUCACGAGGCCGUCUUUAACGAAGAUCUCAAGAUGGUGGACGUCAUCAUGCGUUUUUAUCCGCUGCAUGCAAUGCUAGAAUUCAGAAACGAGAGUGGUGAAACCCCAGUUUUCAGGGCUGCAAGGUUCGGGAACCUAAAGAUUCUCCAACAUAUACAUCGCAAGCGUCCACUAGAGUCUAAGCAUUUUCAACUUGUGGAGAAGAAGGAUCAGCAUGGAAAAAGAUACCAAAAGCCUUAUCCCAUUCUCCACGCGUGUGUGCUAGGGCUUAAUUUCGACGUUGCUAUUUGGUUGAUGGAGAAGGUUGAUGGAAAACUAGCCGAAGAAAAGUAUGUGGUAAAUGAUAAUAAUAAUAAUGUGGAAUUGACGAGUCUUCAGCUGCUAUCAAGAAUGCGAAUGGCUUUCAAGAGUACAAACACGCUAGAAAUGGGACUACGUGAAGAUCUUAUAUAUAAGUGUACGUCUCUGUCUUCACUUACCUGA